AUGCUCAGCGAGAGACAAUUCUACCUGGGAAAGGAAGAGGAUCACACAGUGUACGAAGCAGAAAUAGUGGGGGUGAUCCUAGCAGUCGAGUUGUUGAGAGAGGCAGGAGGAAAAGGCACCAUGGCACUAGGAGUGGACAACCAGGCCGCAAUCAGAUCAACAAGCACAUUCCAAUCCCAACCAGGUCACUAUCUUGUCGACAAGUUCCUAGACAACCUCAGAUCCCUCCUACCCAAUGAGGACAGACAAAAGCUCACAAUUUGGUGGACCCCUGGUCACAAGGGCAUAGCAGGAAACAAAGCAGCAGACAUACAGGCCAAGCCUCAGAGACAGCCCAUCUCCCAAGAUCAUUGA